CGUCAUCUCGUCGUCGGCUGCACUUGCAGGCAAUGUCUUCCGAGUACGUCUGCAGCACUGUGGGAGACAGUUCGUACGCUAGAAGCUCCGGCCGACAAUGCAGUGCUAGGCUCAGGGUCAUUGGCGCUCGGCAGAACUACUCCAUCUCCCCUGUCGAGACAGGGUGAACUCUCUCCUAGCUGUAGUACAUUUGAAUGCUGCAGAUGCUUUGAACACUCCCAAGUUUGUCAUCUAGCCUCAGGAGCGCAAUGAAAGUCCUAACGAGAAGUCACCUAAUCCAUUUUGGUCGAUUGGCGAAGCUUCCGUUUGCGGGAGACCGGUAGGCCGUCAUUCCUUCGAAGCCCGCUAUGCGAAACGCGGCGUCGUUGACUCUUUCCGCACAUUUGCGAACGAUAACCCGGUCCUGAUUCUGCCCCCGUUUCGGGUCCAUUGUGGGGCCAUAUCCAAGCUAUCGUUCUCGUAUACUGUAGGCUCCACUCCUGACUCGGCGAUGUGUGGAGUGUUCGAGGCUCUCGAAGACAGAGUGCUCGCCACGAUGUUGUCGCCGAUGCCACGUCUUGCUCUCUCAGCCAGUCGUUCAACUACUAUGGCGUAGGUCAUGACGGCAUGCUCACAUCGUUGCUUCCGAACCUCGCCAAGUCUUAAUAAAGCUGCACGAGAGAGGCGAACAUUCCGCACCUGUCUACCCUCUUCCGUAUCGCGCCCAUUGUGUUUCAGGGCAUCGCUGCUGACUCCUCCACGCCUUUCACGACUACUUACGACCCCCGCUCGACAUGCCAAACACCUUCACCAGAGGGUCACUCGGCCAGAAUCCUCCCAAUGCCGACAGACAUAUCAGCUCUGGUGGCUCAGACUGGGCGUGGGCGGUAUUCGCGAUCAUGCUCAUCUGUGACCUCGUCGCCCUCUUCUGGACAUUCAGGAGGGCGCGAGGAACGCGUCUGUUCCAUCAUAUUGCCGUCAUCGUUUUAACGACUGCGACCAUCGCAUGGUUUUCCAUGGCCUCCGACCUCGGUGCUACCCCAAUCGCGGCGGAGUUCCAUCGCAGUAACACCAACACUCGUCAAAUCUGGUAUGUACGGUAUAUCCAGUAUUUCAUCACCUUCCCGCUGCUCCUACUUGAGCUCUUGCUCGCAACGGGCCUGUCGUUCUCCGACAUCUUCACAACGCUGUUCAUGGCGUGGGUUGUCGUCGUGACAGCCCUGGUCGGCGCUCUCGUGCGGUCCACAUACAAAUGGGGCUACUUCGCUCUGGGACUCGGCGCGUUGUGCUACAUCUGGUACGUCCUCCUCGGGCAUGCGCCCGCAUCGUUCGCGGCAGGCGGCGUGAUGCGCAAGGGGUACCGCGGCGGCGCAUUCUACCUCUCGUUCCUACUCCUCAUCUACCCGAUCGCGUGGGGCGUCUGCGAGGGCUCGAACACCGUCUCCCCUACCGGCGAGUUCAUCUUCUACGGCAUCCUCGACCUCCUCGCCGGGCCCGUCUUCCUCUUCGGCUUCCUCAGCCAAAUUCGUGUGAUUGAUUACGGCACAUUCGGCUUCACGUCAAUGAAGUAUUCCGAGGGGAUGUACAAUGGACAUGGGGCGGGCACGGGCACGGGCUCGGGUAUGGCGGGUCGCACGACGGGCCCCGUCAAUGGAUUCGGUGGUGCGAACAAUGUUAACUCUGCACCUGGUACCGGCGGUAAUGUGAACACGGUGGGAAAUGGGACCGGCUCGACUGGUCUUAACCACACUGGUAACACUUCCACAGUGGUAUAG